AGGACGACAAAUGCCUAUUUUUUUCGCCCAAUCUAAAAAAAGUCCAGCGCUGGCCUUGGAUGUGGAUGUUACGUGGAUUGUACGCCAUGGGUAGACGUUGGUUCCAGUGUUUAUUUUACGAAUGGCGGUGUUGAAUGACAUGCGCAAGGUGCAGUAUACUAGAUCUUCUAAGGAUUGUUGCAAUAGCUGGUAUUACGAUUCCCUAGUGUUUGAAAAAAUGAGAAUCUUACGGUAUUUCUAUUUUUUUUUAAAGAAAAUCUAUUCCCAGGAACACCAUUGAUUUUUUUUAUUUUUCAUUUCUAUUUUAGUACAAAUAACAUAUCGGGCUUUGCCGAAAAUAUAGAUUCCUCCUCACUUCAGUACUGUAAGAUCAAUCCAAGCCUUGUGAUUCAUUAUAACAGUAUUAGAUGUAACAUUUUCAAGGUAAAUUGUAAACAGAUUUUUUUUUGCUUGUUGAAAAUAUAAAUAGUUUAAGUUUUUAUAGUCCACAUAAGUUUGUAUUCAAUAGAUUAACGUCUAAAUGGUGUCUCAUAGAUUUAUUGAUUUUUUUUCUGUCUUGCUUGGGUGUUGAUCGAUUGAUCUGUGAAAAUUGCAACACCGAUGACAACAUUAAAAAAAAACUCUCGACGUGUCUCUGAAUAUUGACAGCGACUUUAAGUGAAGAGUGUGCUAGAGGGUGGUAAGAAUAUUAAAGCAACCACCCCAACCAAACACACAGACCUAACCAACCAAACAAACCAACCCAACCAAGCCAACCAUCCUAACCAGCCCAACUAACCCAACAAACCUAACCAUUGUAACCAAACCAACCACCCUAACCAGCCCAAUCAAACGAACCAUCCUAACCAGCCCAACCAAACCAACCACCCUAACCAGCCCAACCAAACCAACCAUCCUAACCAGCCCAACCAAACCAACCAUCCUAACCAGCCCAACCAAACCAACCAUCCUAACCAGCCUAACCAAACCAACCAUCCUAACCAAACCAACCAUCCUACCCUGCCUAAUCAAACCAACCAUCCUAACCAGCCCAACCAAACCAACCAACCCUAACCAACCCAACCAAACCAACCAUCCUAACCAGCCCAACCAAACCAACCAUCGUAACCAGCCCAACCAAACCAACCAUCCUAACCAGCCCAACCAAACCAACCAUCCUAACCAGCCCAACCAAACCAACCAUCCUAACCAGCCUAACCAAACCAACCAUCCUACCCUGCCUAAUCAAAACAACCAUCCUAACCAGCCCAACCAAACCAACCACCCUAACCAGCCCAACCAAACCAACCAUCCUAACCAGCCCAACCAAACCAACAACCCUAACCAGCCUAAUCAAUAAUUAAACCAACCGUCCUACCCUGCCUAAUCAAACCAACCAUCCUAACCAGCCCAACCAAACCAACCAACCCUAACCAACCCAACCAAACCAACCAUCCUAACCAGCCCAACCAAACCAACCAUCCUAACCAGCCCAACCAAACCAACCACCCCAACCAACUCAACCCAACUAACCAACCCAACCAACCCAACAAGCCAAAACAUCCCAACCAACCCAACCACGUUAUCAGCUUAACCAACCCCUGCACCGUAACCAACCGAACCAACCACCAUAACCAGCCAAGCCAGCCCAACCAGCCAAAACACCUCAACCAACACAACCAGUGGAACCACCUUAACCAGCCCCAAAAAUGAAUGUUUUGUUUAAGAAAUUCCUGGAAAUGUUUAGCUACGUGGAUUGUUUUUUUAAAAAAUCUUAUUUAACCACGUAUGUUCAUUUGUCAAAUUACUUUAUAGUUAUUUCAAUGUUUUGUUCUUAUACUGUUGAAGGCAUGUGCCGAAAAGUCUUUUUUGUGUAUUUUGUAAAAAAUAUUAUUAAAGCUUGACAUAUAUUGUUAUUUUGGCACAUAUUGUUCGUGUCUAUAUCAAUCUUUUUUUUUUUUUUAAAUGUUAUCGCAGUCUAACACUUUUAUCAUUUGUGGAAUGUUGAUUAUUUUUGCACAGGCGCAUGUGAAAACAUGGCUGCGAUAACCUCGGAACCUAAUUCUCCCUUUCAACAACACAACAAAAAAAUUUUGGAUCAAUUAAAACCCGGAGAUCUGCUUAAAUUCAAACGUGGCAUAUAUUACCAUUGGGCAGUCUAUAUUGGUAAGUGGAAAUAUAUAUAUAUGUAUAUAUAUAUUUGCUGUGUAUAAAUAAAUAAAUAUAUAUAUAUAUAUAUAUAUAUAUAUAUAUAUAUAUAUAUACCUAAUAUAUUUAUUUCUUUCAAAUGAAAACCACAAUACCGUUUUAUUAACAGAAAAAAACCAGUGGUUCAAUUGUUUGUGUCCAGCAUAUUGAUGAGAACUCUGAACGAGAUAACAAAUAACCAUGUCUUGCAUAUUUUCUAGUAUAUUAUUUUAAUGAUUAUCGAAUGAUGGUCGAUUUCUGUUUGUUUGUUGUUGUUGUUUUUUUUUUUGUUUUUUGUUUGUUUUUGUAUGACCCAAAAGCAGAGUGCAAUAUCAGAAAUACGUUUUGUGACACCUUAGCUACACAUUAUCUUUAAAAAAAAAUGUGGCCUAAUUAGUGUGUGUGUCAGGGACGACAUAGUUCUUUGCUUUGUUGAUGAUGAGAUUCUUUCCGUGUAGGAUAACGCCCUCUGGAGCAAAUACCUGCGAAUAAAUGUCAUUACGAUAUUCAUUAAAUAUAGGGUUAUUUAUGAUCAAACAUACAAUGUUGAGAAUGCUUACCUUUUUCAUUUAAAAUUGUUUACCUCUAGAUGUUAGCCGAGAGAGAAAGUGUGUACAAGAGAGAGAGAGGGGGGGGAGAAAGAGAUAGAGAGAGAGAAUAAGAGAGAAAGAGCUAGAGAGAGAGAGAAAGAGGGCCAAGGUGAGCAAAAGAGGAGACAUAGUCUUUUUUUUUUUUUUAAACAGGCAGAACUAGCUUUAAAUAAUUGUAGGUGUAAUUGUGUCUAUGCUAAACUUUGUUAUUUGUUCUUUCCUUUUUGUAUUCAAUUUUGUAUAUUUUUUUUCUGUGGAAAGUGAGAAAGUUUUUUUUUUUUUUAAAUUUAUAAAUAUAAUGACUCCUGCUUGGCUAUAAUUACAGGUAAGGGCAAGGUCAUACAUGUGACUGGCCGAGAUGGCCAAGGCAUGAAACAGAGCAAGGACGGCAGUGAUAUCACAGCUCUGUGCAGCGUGCCCCAGGAUAAGGCCGACGUGAUGGAGGCAGACUUUUGGGAUGUCGCGGGCGAAUCUAAGGCUGAGGUUGGAAACAUGAAGGACGAAGGCUGGUUGUAAGUGCAUGAGACAGACACCUUAACUGAGUCAGCCACACAGGGGUAUUCUUAAUGCUGCUCAUCUCUUAAUGUUUAUGGCAGAUGGUAGAUUUUUAACUCCAUCCAUGCCCCUGGAGCCAGGUCAUGGCAGAUUAGGCAUACGCUUAUCGUAUUACAGAAUACAUGGUAGAGUAGGCAUACACUGGUCAUAUUGAAGAAUACAUGGUAGCGUAGGCGUACACUGGUCGUAUUAAAGAAUACAUGGUAGCGUACGCAUCGUAUUACAGAAGCGUUGAUGGAGUAGGCAUAUACAGGCCGCAUCCCACAAUUUUUUUCAAAACGAUACAUUUAUGACGUCGUUGUCCUAACUGCCGUAGAAACCGUGAACUCCAAAAAUAUAUCGAUUUUCUAAUCUCAUUCCAUCCAUUUACUGAAUCCACCGCACAAGGCUGAGUAACUCUCUGAACAUUACCCGUAACUUAGAAGAAAACGGAUUAUUUACCCUUGCUGUAACAGAAACAAACUGACAGACAUAGUUACUUACCGUAACUCAAAUUACAAGCUCAGAUCAUGCGAAAGGUUCAAAAACUUUUCUUUACUUCUUAAUCUACAUUGGCAUUUCCAUUCAGAUAAAUAUUCAAUUUUUUUUUAGAUAGGCUGAAGAGAUGAUAGCUUUCUCCCACUCCAUAUCUUAUUGUGAGAGUGUCAUUAUCCCAGAAACCAAUCUCCGUAUCAGUACAAUCAGCACAAUCAGUACAAUCAGCAUAAUCAGCACAAUCAGCACAAUCAGUACAAUCACACGAGACGAGGCUUUCAAUCCUCGUUUAAGUUUUAAAAAAAAUAUAUAAGUGUGGAACCAAACUCACCCUAACCUACCGUCCUCACAGUUAUAUUGCCAAACACAAAAAAAAAAACAAACAAAAAAAUACGAAAAAUUUCCUCCUAUACCUUUUUGAUGACGCUGACACUUACAGGGUAUUUCAAUUAUCUCCUCUUUUUGUCUUGAGACUCUCCCCCCCCCCACCCCAAUGCAAUGAAACUAAAAAGAUUGACUUCCUUAUGGAAGGCUUCACCAUGUACUAGUCGAAGUAGGAUCUAUGUCAUUUUUUUUUGGCUGAAGAUGCCGCUUCUGUUAUAUGUGUAAGACAGAAACAUCUUCGAGGUUUCGAACAAACCACCCCAACCUCCCCAAUAAAUCCGGAAUCGUCCUAUUUCAACGUAGGUGAACACAAGGGCCGAUGACAUGAAUCUAAUAAGAAGCUUGCACCAAUACGCCAGCUAGGGUGAACUAUAAAAACAAAUUAAUUCAGAUAUUCGGCACCAUAUCACGGAAUAGAAUCGAUCAAAUACUCACUUACUCUUGAUCCUCUAUUUUCCUCUGUUUAAAAUUUUACAUCAGUAGUAUUUAAAUUCUAUUACCGUGAUUAGUCUACACCACAGCAAAUGAGGUUUUUGUUCUGAACAACUUCACUUCCGUUUCUAACGAUAACAUUGAGCGCUUCCUGUUAAGAACAUUGAGCUACAUUGACUUCAUCAAGAUAUUCGACAAUUGACUGUUCACUAUUUAAACGUACCUUUUAUUUAUUGCAUUGUAUAAAAUGACGGAAACAAGAAUAUGCAUUCAUUAGAAUAUAUACAAGUAUUAUAUGUGUCUAUCACAGUAUAUACUCGCAUCAUAUGUGUCUAUCACAGCAUAUACAGGUAGAAUAUAUGUUAAUCACAUUAUGUAAGCGUUUAAUAUUUGUCUGUCACAUUCCAACCUACUUAUAAUCAUGUUCCAGACAAAAUUAAAUUUUUUACUUAAUUUAACCACCUUUACCCCAAAGGCCACUUGACACAAAAACAAUCUUAGAAAGAGCAAGAAAAAGCCUGGGCCCAGUGCGUUAUCAUCUGCUAGCCGACAACUGUGAACAUUUCGCCAAGUGGUGUCGCUACGACAGAAGUGAAAGUAAACAGGUACGUAAAAAAAACAACAACAAAAACAACAACAUACCAAUCUGUACUUUACCAAAUCUAUUAAUGUUUGAGAUGUUGACAUUGGUGAGUAAAUACUUUUUUAAUACUUUCAAACUUCUUAAAUAGGAAUAUAUUGAAUAGAUUCAUUUCACGUUUAAACAGGAAUUUUUCUUUUAUGGGAUAAAAGUUUCUAAUAAAAUACCUUCAAAAAUCUGAUUAAAAUUUUAUAAAUCAAAUCAUAUGUUAUAAACAUAUCGGCAUUAACAUUAAUAGGCGAGCACUUAAGUUGUUUUUUUUUUAAAAACUUUUUUAUAUUUCUUGUGUUUCUUCAUUCGUCCAGUCUGCUGAGGAAGGCUCUUAGCCGGAACGUUUUUCUUUCAUCAUCCUGUCUUUCUAUUACAAGCAUCUAGAUAUCCUUCUGUGCUAUUUCCUCCACGCGACGAUAAACGUGGUUCUUUAUUUAUUAUCUAUCCUUAUCAACUGGGGCCGUAACUGAAAAAUGUUGAUGACAUUUUCGGGGAAAAAAAGAGUCAAAUAAAAAUAGGAACUGGCGUAAAACUCAAGACUCCAAGAAAAUUGGGUUUUGUGUGUGAGUGUGUGUGUGUGUGUGUGUGUGUUUGCGUAAACCUGUGUUAUUAAUUUUCCAUAACAAAUAAUGUUAUAUUUUACUAUUUUUCUGUUAAUGAAUCAAACCAUUGUUUUCCCCUCCAGGCUGACGUUGCGGUUGCAACACUAAGCAUAGUUGUGAGACUCUUAUCUGGUGUCGAAAUGACAGUGCUGUUGAAAGCACAAAAUCAGAAACAACAUAGUUAAGGAAUUUUCUGAACCACACAAUUAUAGAAUAUAUGACGUAAAAAAAAAAAGACAUUUCAUGCUCUCUGAUUCAUUGCUUGUCGUUGCAGCUGUAGACUUCUUUUUCAGGAUAUUGAAAUAAAAAAAAAAAACAAUAUAAAUAAAAUACUAUGUCUUUUCAAUACACUAUUUUU